UUUUGAGAUCCGCUACCCCCCGGACUGCGCGUCUCCACCGCGCCGCCAUGUGUGCGCUGCUGCCGGCGUGGAUGUGCCUGCUGCUCGGUCUCCUGCCUCUGGAGGUCCAGUCCCGGGCUUUGACGCUGCAGAGCCUCACUCACAGACAGAGGUCUAGUUUACCCAGAACCUCUAAAUACCCAAAGUCUAUAAACACCGCCAUCAUGCCUACUGCAUCUGAUCUCUCUGCUGCUGUUGACAACCACAUCCCUGAGGGAGACAGACACAUCAUCUGGAGGGCCCUGCUGCACAAAGAGCCCCCGCCAAGGUUGUCCGACGCGUUGUUCGACCAAAGAGACAGUGUGCUAUGGGAAGCACCGGCCUGGCAGCGUGGGUCACGAGGGCGUCGUCACGCCAGCAGUGGUGGCGGGAGAGGGCACAGCCAUCUGAUGAGGGUGGGGUGUGUCCUCGGCACCUGUCAGGUUCAGAACCUCAGCCACCGUCUCUACCAGCUAAUUGGACAGAGUGGGAGGGAAGACUCCUCCCCCAUUAACCCUCGCAGUCCUUACAGCUACGGCUAAUACGACACCAUGAAUCUACUGAUGCCUUUCAGGUCAUUUGCUGCAUCAAUGACACAGUUAGGGCCCAAAAUAAGCCUUCGAUGUCAGUCCUUGCAACCCUGCCAUUUUUCUUACUAUAUUGAUAUAAAUAGUAAAGCGAGUAGCAUUUAUUGUCUCCCAAAACACAUUUGCUGUUCCAAAUUAGUAAUAUACGGUAUACAGGUCAUUUCAAAGAGGCAGGGUUGGUCCUUGAUGAGGCAUCUCAUCUCAGCUACCUGGUAGAAAAUGUAGAAUUAUGGUUAAUUAAGACUUGGGGUUUUGACCGUCACUCUCAUUGUUAAUAAAUAAAUUGCUGAGAUCUGGGAAUUUGGCAACAUCGCUAAGAAGAAGCCAGAAGGAGCAAAAAAAACACAAGCAGACAGACAGAUUUGAAACAAACCCCCAGGUUAGCUAAACUGGGGGCACAAAGGGGGAAAGUAGAAUUGUCAGCCAAACUGCCCGUUGUAAAUAUCUAUCACAGUCUGCAGGAAACUUACACGGGACCGAGAGCACAUGACCCUUGCUUUGCAUGUUGCAUUGGUGCCUCAAGAUUCUCCCUAGUUUAUACGCCAACUUGCUGGUUUAAUCUCUUAUCACCAACAUUUCAGGUGUGCUCACUUUUGGAUUUACCUGCAAAUAAAGUGGUUUAGAUAAUCUGGCAAAAUCUGUGGCUCGCUUGAUCAUUUAACUGAGAAGAAACAUUGAGUUUCUUGCCCCAUCAGACUCUAAUGUAGUGACGAUAUCAUGUUUCCUGUAAUUUGUGAAUUGUUUAAUUUAACAGCCUCUCGAUAGAUGGAGGUGUCGGAUAACGCAAACGGUAGAUUUCCAUAGCGUUAUUGGCCUUGAAACUAGAGUCCCAGGUGCUUUGGCAUUCAUACAAUAAGAACCAUUGAGACACUAUGUAUGUAAACAAGGAAAACUGUGAAUGAGAGAAGCCUCUUCCUUACUGACAUACCUGACUAAUGUCUACUAUCGUCAUCAAUGGUGAUCCUGCUGAUCUGAACCUACUUGAGCUCAGAGCUAAUCCACUAUGUCUCUUAAAAAGGACCUUCAUCUCCAUCUGCAAACAAGUAGCUUUACUUCAGUGCGAACAGAAACCCAGAAUAACUUCCAAUCAAACCACGUUAACCCUUCACCCAAAACCCCACAGAGCACACAAUUAGCCAAAAUAACCACUGACCCUAAUCCAUGAUCUGUCUGGAUGCUUUUUAACGUCUCUUGACAGGGACAACUACCAUUUACUGUUGUGUGAACAGUAAAUCUAUGACGCAUCAUUUUGAUUUUUGCCACUAUUAGGUCGGGUUUUCAGCCUUAAUUGCUUUAAUCAUUAAAGGCCUUGUUAUGUUUUGCCUUUUUACGUAUCCAAAUUAAUCAUCACUAUGAAUGUUGACUUUCAAAGUGUUAUAGUGCUUUAUAGACUUCUGUUUUUCUGCGUGCGUCAGUUCAGCAUAACAGUGUAAGUAGUUAAUAUGUCAUGUUCAGUAUGACUUGAAUUUUAACAAUGUGUUUUUUAACUUAAGAUCAUUUUGCUGUAAAUAUCCCACUUUACUGAAUCUUCAUGCAAGCGCCCCUUCAAGAUACAAGUGUCCUUUUGUAUAACAUCUGUGUUGCUUUCAUCUAAUACUUUGUUUUUACAAUAGCAGCAUUGUGUAAUAA